CUAGCGCAAAAUUAAUAGUUACACUUAUUCAGUCUGCAUAAAUCUAACCAAACACAUAGUAAAAUGGUAAUGGUAGAUCCGUUCGUAAUAGUUAUUUUGGGUACAUGUUUUUCAAACGUUAAAGGAAACGACUACGAAGAUGAAGAAAAGAUGUACUUGCUGGUCUCCCCAGACCAACACACCCGCACGCCUCGCCUGGAGGAUUUCUUCUGGACGGGUUCCGGAGACGGGCCUCCCCCUCCUGACUUGUCAGUCCCAAUGCCCACUCCAACUGCCCCUGUGGUACGAACCACGACUGUAUUGGCCACUGUUUACUUGGACUCAUACCCGCCGCAGGCGGUGACCGACAAGACGAGCGGGGAGUGCGUUCUCAACUGCGAAGCAACGCCAGACAGUUUGGAGCCUGAUAUACCAGAAGAUCGACGGUAUUGGCUCCUCACUGUCAUCCAAGGAUCCACUCCUGAUAGCUUACAGCUAAGGCUUGCUAGGUUGUACCAGAAGGCUUUCUUGAGACAACAAGAAAGACAUCUUGGUAUAAUCAAGUCUCUAGAUGCACCGACUCCAAGAAAGAAACACGAUGUGCAUUCUUUUGUUAUAAAUAAAGACAUAAGUACCAACACUGCCAAAACUCCUCAAAAAUUGUACGAUAACCAAACUUUAAUUAGCUUAGAUGAUUUAGCUGUAAAUAAUGAAUUGCAAAGAUCAGAAAACUCUAGUGAUGCUAUGAACAGAAGUUAUUUAGCAAAUAUAGAAAUGUUUUCAAUAGAUCAAGAUGAAUCACCACUAGAGCCGAUAAAAGUAACUAAUUUAAAUAAUGUAGAAACAUGGAUUCUGGUUACUCCGACUGUCGUAGUCCACAAGAGGGAUGUAGAAGAAGUAAUUGAGAAAAACAAAGAAGAUCAUAUAGAUCUUCCGUUAGAAGUAAACAAUGAGACUGUCUUGUUUAAGAGAGAAAUCAUCAAGCCUGACCAGCAACCACCCGUUCAAGUCCAUAUACAGAAUAUAACUGAGUCCACAGAAGGCAGUGUUCAAAUUGUAUAUGUAGUGCUUGUAGGCGGCAGGGCUGUUCCAGCGGCAGUAGCAGCAAGAGACAUGCGUUUAGUUAGAGACGCAGAAGUUGCUAAAGAACUAGGUGCUGUUGUCACAACUAAAGCUGAGCCAGCGUACCUGAAAGCGGCUGAAGGCUUGGAAGGAGAAGCUGGGUCCACAGGCGUUCACGGGACCGAGCUAUGGGCUUUGGCAGUGGGUUCCACUAUUGCUAUACUAUUGCUGUUGGUUAUAUUGGUUCUACUGUGUUUUGCUCACAAAAAGAAGAAUUUAAAAUCUGCCGCAUCUAUACGCGCGUAUCGAAAUGAGAUGAUGCGGGAAGCAGAGCGUAAUCAAAUGAAACAGAUCAACGAAGACAAAGAUUCCAAGUUGAUAAGCGUGGUUUCUCCAAGCAGAACAAGACCGAGUAGUGUACUGUUACCAAUUUACAGGACUGGCAGUGCUUCCGGUUCAUCAACAACUUCAUCUGGUAUAUCGGAAGUCGCAGCCGCGCUUCGCAGGCGACAGAAAAAACCACAUGCUCUCAGGAUGCCGCAGAAAAAACGAGUCGGAACGACAGACAGUCUACUUGAAGCAGCUGGUUUGGAUAGCUCGGACAGUGGUCAGCGGUCACCUUUUGCGCCGGCCACGCCUACUUCAUAUCUCUCUAUGCCUUCGGUGAAUGCUUUUCCGAGGGGUAACAUAGUAGAACCACUCUCCAAAAUACUGGAACCUGUAUCAGUGAGACAUCUGGACAUAGAUUCGUCUCCGACCAGCCCCAAGGUUAAGCCGAAGAGUGGAAAAGACGUGGUACCCCGUAGACAGAUGCCCUCGCAACUAGUGCGACUGGGAAGCAUAGACAAGGACCCUGGAGUUAUUGGACCUUUGGUAUGGGAUUUGCACUGCCAGAGGAUAAAAGAUGUUUCCAAGCCAUCCAGUCCCGCGAAGUCAGCGACGGCAUCAGCUCGCAAGGACCCUGGCUCCUCCCGCAUGAGACAACGCUUCAACGAACUGAUGGACGAUGCGUUCACGUUGUUCGGAAGCGCGGCUUCCAGUGCUGACUCGCACCAAACCUUCACCAUCGACAAGCAGGAUAGUAAAGAGAGUAAGGAGAGUAGAGAGAGUGCAGAGAAGAAGAGUGAGCCAGUAACGCAAGCUCGGAAUGACAACGUCCGAUUGCCAGGAUCUCCGUACACGGCACUCCAUGUCGUCAGGGGACGAUCUGCGGGACCCGGGAGAAGUAGUGCUACAACGGACAGCAGCGCCAGCCGGCCGCGCACCGCACUGUUGCGGGGCGCGGGGGGAGACAGGCGGGCCCCACCCACCCCCGCCUGGCCUUCCGCACCCCCUCAUCGGCAUCCAACGCCCAUAGUGAACCCAGCUCUCAUCACCGCGGAGGGUAGACUAGCCCCGGAUGAUCCAGCGCUGCCGCUCAUUUCAGCUAUCAAGAGUGAGAUACAACGCGUUAGAGAAGACGCUAAAAAGUCCGCUUUUUAG